GAAGUAGAAUUUUGGGUAAGGAGUCAUCUCACCACCUACCUGCUUUCUGUUCUGUUCUCUGCAACACAGAUUGAAGAUGGGGGCAAGGCAGCCUUGUCCCAGAAGAUGAGGACUGGUGAUGAGCUGGUGAAUAUCAAUGGCACUCCAUUGUAUGGCUCCCGCCAAGAGGCCCUCAUCCUCAUCAAAGGCUCCUUCCGGAUCCUCAAGCUGAUUGUCAGGAGGAGAAACGCCCCUGUCAGUAGGCCGCACUCAUGGCAUGUGGCCAAGCUGCUGGAGGGAUGCCCUGAAGCGGCCACCACCAUGCAUUUCCCUUCUGAAGCCUUCAGCUUGUCCUGGCAUUCCGGCUGCAACACGAGUGACGUGUGUGUGCAGUGGUGCCCACUUUCCCGCCACUGCAGCACUGAGAAAAGCAGCUCCAUUGGCAGCAUGGAGAGCCUGGAACAACCAGGCCAAGCUACCUAUGAGGGCCACCUCUUGCCCAUUGAUCAGAACAUGUACCCAAACCAGCGUGACUCAGCCUAUAGCUCCUUCUCAGCCAGCUCAAACGCCUCUGACUGCGCCCUUUCCCUCAGGCCAGAGGAGCCGGGCUCAGCAGACUGCCUCAUGCAAGGCCCGGGGCCAACUAAAGCCCCUGAUGGCCAGCCCAGUGUGACCGAGACCUCAGGAGGUAGCCGGCGCACCGACGGGGGCCACCUGACUCCCAGCUCCCAGAUGUCAUCCCGCCUGCAGGAGGCCCACCCCUCAGGGCCUGCCAAGGCUGCCGGAGGUCCACCACAGCCUCCAGUGAGGCGAGAUAGUCUCCAGGCCUCCAGAGCCCAGCUCCUCAACGGAGAGCAGCGCAGGGCUUCUGAGCCUGGGCACUCGUCACAGCAGAAGGAGAAAGUGAGCUUAGACACCGUGCUAUCCCCAAGGAACCCUAACAGGUUCUGCUGCCUCAGCGGGCAAGACCAAGUGACAAACGAGGGCCAUCAGAACUGUGAGCUCAGCCAAGCUCCUGAACCCAGCCAGCAGGACUCUGAGCGUCUACUGAUGGAGGCCUCAGCCAAAGCGGUCGGAUUCCCAAAAGUGUAUGACAAAGCUUCCAGCAGAGAUUCCAGCCCCCUCAACAAGGCUUCAGCCGAGCUAGCUAAGGCUUCUUCUUUUGGCAGCUCUUCACACGUCACAGGACCCACAGGGCACCGCCACAGUGCCCCGGAACAGCUGCUGGCGUCCCACUUACAGCAUGUACACCUUGAUACCAGGGGCAGCAAGGGCAUGGAGCUCCCAGCCAGGCAGGCUGGCCAUGAGUGGACUCUGUCACCUUUGCAUGGCAACCAUGCAGGGAAGAAAAGUCCAUGUGCCCCUACAGGAGGAGCCCAGGACCAGCCCAGCAAAGACGGAAAGGCCAGGCAGGUGGAUGAUAGGCCCUUGGGUUCAGGGCAUCCGAGCCCAAGCAGUUGCCCACACACAGAGGCUGACGGACACCCUCAGGAAAAAGGCUUCCAAGACCCGAGCAGAGCGUGCCGAGCAGGCAGUGAACUAGCCAGCCAGCAGCCCUCCUGUGCCUCUGGAUCCCUUGUUCCGCAAGCCAGGGACUGUUCUUCAACCACUAAAGGGGCUGGUAGCACAGGGGCCACUGAAGAAGGGGACAGCAAACCCAAGGAAUGUGGCCGGGGGGGUGGUAGGCGGAACGGAGGGCCCCGGGGCCGCUCAGUCCAAAACCGGCGGAAGAGUGAGCGUUUUGCUACCAAUCUGCGUAAUGAAAUCCAGAGGAGGAAGGCCCAGCUCCAGAAAAGCAAGAAUCCCUUGCCGCAGCUGUGUGACACUAAGGAGCCAGUGCAGGAGACCGAGGAGCCCCUAGAAAGUACUCCACCUCCUGCCUCCGGCUCAUCUCUUCUGUCCUCAUGUAAAAAACCACCUGGCCCCAGAGACAAGCUCUUCAACAGGAGCAUGAUCCUCAGGGCUCGGUCUUCAGAGUGCCUCAGCCAAGCCCCGGAGAGCCAUGAAUCUAGGAUGGGUUUGGAGGGACAAAUAAGCCCCGGCCGGAGGCCUGGCCAGCCCUCCGUGAGCCUGAACACCUGGUGGAAAGCAUCGGACCCCUCCUCCUCAGACUCUGAGAAGACAAGCGUUCACCGUGGAGCCCGUGGAGGUCACUGGAGGUGGUCUCCAGAGCACAACCUGCAGCCACACGUGACACUAGCCGUGGAAGGCCCUCCUAACCCAGGUGACAGCAAGGAAUUGAAGGCUUCUGCUGCCCAAGCUGGGGAGGAAGCCAUCCUCUUGCCCUUUGCCGACAGAAGAAAGUUCUUUGAAGAGAGUAGCAAAUCCUUAUCUACAUCUCAUUUGCCAGGUUUAACCACUCAUAGCAAUAAGACUUUUACCCAGAGACCAAAACCUAUAGACCCAAACUUCCAGCCGAUGAGCUCCAGCUAUAGGGAAUUGAGGCGCCAUCCGAUGGACCAGUCCUACCAUUCCACAGACCAGCCAUAUCGUGCCCCAGACCAAUCCUAUCAUUCUCUGUCACCCCUUCAGCCAGAAACCCCCACCUACUCAGAAUGUUUUGCAAGCAAAGGUCUAGAACAAUCCAUGUGCUGCAAGCCACUGCGCUGCGGUGAUUUUGAUUACCGCAGGACCUGCUCUUACUCCUGCAGCAUCCAGGGAGCUGUAGUCCAUGACGCUUGCAUUUAUUGUUCUGGGGAACUCUGCCCUGCUCUGCGAAAGAGAAACAUGAUGCCAAACUGCUACAACUGUCGAUGCCACCACCACCCAUGUGUCCGGUGUUCAGCUUGCUGUCAUAAUCCCCCGCACGGUGGCCCUGAGGAUGGCAGCCUGGCGCCCGGCAACACCUGGAAGCCCAGGAAGCCGACAGUGCAGGAAUUUCCUGGGGACAAAUGGAAACCAAUAACAGGAAACAGGAAGACCAGCCAGUCAGGGAGGGAAAUGGCUCAUUCCAAGGCUAGCUUUCCGUGGGCAACCCCGUCCCAUCCUUGCCUUGAGAACCCAGCACUGGACUUGUCAAGCUACCGAGCGAUCUCUUCCCUUGACCUUCUCGGAGACUUCAAGCACUCCUCGAAAACAACAGAGGAAACUUCUGCCUGUGAGGAGGGGAGCUCCGUGGCCUCCGUGCCCCGCCCGCUGCGUAGCCGUGCCUUCUCAGAGAGCCACAUCAGCUUGGAGCUGCAGAGCUCCCGGGCCUGGGGGCAGCAUAGGAGGGAGCCCUUUACCAAAGCUGAUGAGACCCAGCCGGAUCCUCUGGGAGCCCGGAAGAAGGCCUUUCCUCCUCCUCGCCCGCCUCCUCCCAACUGGGAGAAGUACAGGCUCUUCCGUGCAGCCCAGGAGCAGCAGAAGCUGCAGCGAGAGGAGGAGGAAGAAGAGGAAGAAGAAGAAGAAGAGGAGGAAGGGGGAGAGGAGGAGGGGGAGGAGGAGGAGCUCCCACCCCAGUAUUUCAGUUCAGAAACCACUGGUACCGGCACCCUCCAUCCUGAAGAGGUCCUGGAGCACCCACAACCCCUGGGCUUUGGCCACUUGGAGCCUUCGAGGCAGGGCUCACAGAGCCUCCCAGCAGAGCAAGAGUCCUUUGGUCUCCAUCCCAGCGAUUUCCUGCCUCCAAUAAGGGGCCACUUGGGAUCUCAGCCUGAGAAGGUUCAGCCCCCUUGCUGUUACGGUCCCGGUGGGCUUUGGAGGACAUCAGAGAAGGAGACCACUGAUCCCCCCAAACAAGAAUUUCAGCGCUUCUCGCCUCCUCCAGGGGCCCCAGGGAUCCCUACCUCUUACUCAGCUUAUUACAAUAUUUCUGUGGCCAAAGCAGAACUGUUGAACAAGUUGAAAGACCAACCCGAGAUGGCAGAGAUUGGCCUGGGAGAGGAAGAAGUUGACCACGAACUGGCUCAAAAAAAGAUACAGCUUAUUGAAAGCAUUGGCAGAAAGCUUUCUGUCCUGCGGGAGGCCCAGCGAGGACUGCUAGAGGACAUCGGUGCCAAUUCUGCCCUUGGGGAGGAGGUGGAGGCCAACCUAAAAGCGGUCUGUAAAUCCAACGAGUUUGAAAAAUACCAUUUGUUUAUCGGGGACCUGGACAAAGUGGUCAACCUAUUGCUGUCCCUCUCUGGACGACUGGCCCGGGUGGAGAAUGCUCUCAACAGCAUCGAUUCAGAGGCCAACCAGGAGAAGUUGGUGCUGAUAGAGAAGAAGCAGCAGCUGACAGGGCAGUUGGCAGAUGCCAAGGAGCUGAAGGAGCAUGUGGACCGCCGCGAGAAGCUGGUGUUUGGCAUGGUCUCCCGCUACCUGCCUCAGGACCAGCUCCAAGAUUACCAACACUUUGUGAAGAUGAAAUCUGCUCUCAUCAUCGAACAGCGAGAGUUGGAAGAGAAGAUCAAGCUUGGGGAAGAGCAGCUCAAAUGUCUCAGGGAGAGCCUGCUCCUGGGGCCCAGCAAUUUCUAA